AUGUUUAGAAAUUUGAUACUUAAUAAAUUGGUCACUAUGGCUAUGCGCAAGGAACGAAAAACGAUCCGAUCUGAACCCUAUUAUAAUCACGAAGACCAUGGAUUAGCGCCGAGGAAAAAGCAAAGGAGGACGAUUGUUACAGGAAAUAUGACUUUUGAGAAAAAAAUAGGUCAACAUAUGCUGAAAAACCCUGGAAUCCUCGAUAAAAUCGUACAAGCGGCUCAGAUUAGGUCUUCAGACACAGUACUGGAAAUUGGACCAGGCACCGGAAAUUUGACCAUACGGCUUGUUCCAUUGGCUAGACAAGUUAUCUCAUUGGAAAUUGACUCUAGAAUGGUUAGUGAGGUGAAGCGACGCUGCUUGCAGAUGGGAUUUCAAAAUUUAACUGUAAUUGAGGGAAAUGCAUUGCGGAUUGACUUGCCAAGAUUUGAUGUAUGCACGGCAAAUCUUCCUUAUCAAAUAUCCUCUCCCUUUGUAUUCAAAUUGAUGGCACAUCCACAUCCAUAUAGGUGUGCCAUACUCAUGUUUCAAAAGGAAUUUGCCGAAAGGCUCCUUGCAAAUGUGAACGAGGACAAAUAUGGCAGAUUAGCAAUUAAUACUCGCCUAUUUUGCACAGUUUCACGGGUUUGUAAAGUUUCACCUGGAAGUUUCAAUCCACCCCCGAAUGUGGAAUCGAUGAUUGUAAAGAUUGUUCCAAGGCCUGAACCACUGGUGGUUGAUUUUCAUGAGUGGGAUGCUAUGAUAAGAAUAUGCUUUUCCAGAAAGCGGCGUACACUACGAAGUCUCUUAAAAACAAGUUCAGUAAUAUCGAUCCUAGAAACCAACUACAAAACAUGGUGUUCGUUAAACUCUAAAAUACCAGAGCCCGUAGCUAUGAGGGAGUUGGUCCUUAAUAUAUUGGAUUCCACUGGUUUGACUGAAAGACGAGCGAUAACAGUAUCAAUUGCCGAAUUCUUUCAAUUGUUACUGGCAUUCAAUAAACGAGGAAUCCACUUUUGCACUUUGGCUCUAUCUAAAAGUGAUGGGAUUCCAGAAAAAUUGUUUCAAAUGGACAUGGAUGAUUAA